GAAUAUUCUCUUCAAAGGAGAUGGUGUUUAUUUCAAACCCUUUUUCUUUUCUGUAACUUUUAAAAAGUGGCCUUGAGUACUUAUGAGUAUCCACUAGGGUGAUAAGUCUGCAGACUUUCAUGUACCUAAUUUGUGGAAAUUACUCAAAAUAGUGAGCUAACCAGAUGAUUCUGAAUGAUAAAAAAUGAGAAAGUGAUAAAAUUAGGAAUUAUUCUUUUUCAGACUUUAGAUAUGGCUAGAGAGUAAUGACACAAGAAGAAGGAAUUGCUUAUAUUUUAUCUUGACUACAGAUAAUUCUGAAAGAAAAGUGAUAGGUUUUAAACAAAGGAAAUUGUAUUUAUUUUCUUUUCUAGGGUGACUCCUUUGAAGAGGGAAGAAAUUAGUUGGAUAUAUAAAUUCUGGAGAGGGCCGUUUCCCAGUGGUUAUUGAUUUGUUUGGUGGUAUUGGUGGACUGAUUGAAAUCCGAGCCAGUCUUCUGGCCAGUCAUGGCUUUGCUGUCUUGGCCUUGGCUUACUGUGACUAUGAAGACCUCCCUUUCCAACUAGAGAAAGAUUUGGAAUAUUUUGAGGAAGAUGCCAACUUUCUCCUGAGACAUCCUAAGGGUAGGAAAUACCACUUGGUCCCUUUGCCGGUUGCCAAUGUUCCAGCUGACAGCCACCCCAGCAAGUGCCCUCGCGGAUGAGCCCGUGCACAUCCGAGUGACAGGCCUGCCCCCACUGCAGACGGUGACACUCAUGGCAUCUAUGAAGGAUGAGAAGGGGAAUCUGUACCAGUCCAGAGCCUUCUACAGGGCCAGCAAGGCUGGUGAGCUGGACCUGAAGCAGGCUCCUGCCUUGGGCGGCCACUACGUGGGGGUCCACCCUAUGGGCCUCUUCUGGUCUCUGAAGCCUGAGAAGGCUUUUGAGAGGCAGAUUAAGAAAGAUGUGAUGAACAGCCCCUUUUGGAUCACUCUGGAGCUAUAUGACUCCGUUUAUUUACAAAAGUCAGGGGAGGUUCAGCCCAGGACCAGCCAGGUGGUGCAGCGUUGGUUCUCCAGCCCUCAGAUGCAGCGGGUGCAGGUCCAAGAAGGUCGUGUGCGAGGAGCCCUUUUCCUCCCUCCAGGGGCAGGCCCUUUCCUAGGACUCAUUGAUUUGUUUGGGGGCAUCGGGGGUCUAGUUGAGUAUCGGGCCAGUCUUCUGGCUGCCCACGGCUUUGCAGUGCUGGCCUUAGCAUAUUUUGCCUACGCAGACCUGCCCAAGCAGUUGCAGGAGGUGGACCUGGAAUAUUUUGAGGAAGCUGCCAACUUGCUACUAGCUCAUCCCAAGAUCCAAAAGCCAGGAAUUGGAGUGAUCUCUGUGAGCAAAGGUGCAGAGAUCGGGCUGGCCAUGGCCUGCUACCUGAAGGAGGUGGCAGCCACUGUCUGCAUCAAUGGGUGCAAUGCCAUCUUUGAAUUUCCGCUCAAGUACCGGGAUCUGGUUAUAACACCCAUCCCCUCGUUGCCGGAGCGCAUGGAGUUCAACAUCAUGGGCGCUUUGUGCCUCCGUCACUACAAGGGGAACCCCCGAGAUGCACUGAAUCAACACAGUGUGCUUCCUAUUGAAAAGGCCCAGGGUCCGAUCCUCUUCGUUAUAGGGGAGGAUGACGAAUGCUUCAAUAGCAGAGAAUACGCUGAGCAAGCCCUGGACCAGCUGCGGAGGCACGGCAGAAGCAACGGAAGGAUGCUGCUCUACCCCGGGGCGGGCCACCUCAUAGAGCCGCCCUAUUUGCCCCUGUGCUAUGCGUCCUGGAGCCGCGGCCUCUUCUGCCCCCUGCUUUGGGGGGGGGAACCUGUGGGCCACGCGGCAGCCCAGGAGCACGCCUGGGGAGAGAUCCAGAAAUUCUUCAGGCAACACCUUGUUCAGAGCAGAAGCACACUCUAAGGGUGAUGAUAGGGGAGGAGAAACAAAAAAAUUGGAUAAGGCAGGGAUGUGGGUGGGAGAGGGGACUCUUGAUUUCUCUAGAUUCACAGUCAUCUUGAAUCAACUGGAAGGAAGUUGGACAAAGUCAAAGAAUCAGGUGCAUCUGAAAUAUUUCUGACAAAAUUGUAUGUGCUUUGAAUUUUUGUAAAUUGAAUCUUGGUUUAUAUGCACCAGGUACGUUGCUAUUUCAAAAUUGUGAUACCCUUGCAAAUUGAAUAACCUUUUGUACCCCGGUAAGGGAAACCUUGGAUCCAGGUAUUGCCAAUCUAGAUGAAUGUUCUGGAACUUUGAAGUCACUUGUGAAAUCAUUUUCUGUUUAAACCAUUGUGGGUUGAAUUUGACAUUUGAUAUGAAAAGUUCCUGAUGCCACCAUCAAGGGUAAUCCUUGCUAGAGAUUUCCAGUAGAUACGUUAAUUCUUUUUUAGAAUAGUGACGCUUCUUUUUAUUCCUAAAAUAUACUUCUUUUUUAUAAUUUUAAUCAGGAGUGGGGCUAAAUGCUCAAGUGCCUUUGGAGCAUUUAGUGAAAUUAAAUGAGCUAUAUUUAAAGUGAUUAGAAGAGAGCCGGGCACAUAGCAAUUUCUAUAUCAGAGUUAGCUAUUAUCAUUUUCAUGAUGCUUUUCUCCUAUAAUCUGUUAAUGUGGUGAAUUGCAUUCAUUAAUGGACUAAUUUUGCUUAUUCAUCUAAUGCUACUAGAUCAGUUUCUCAUAUUGACUGGUUUGGGCUUUAAAAUUUCUUUUGAAGCCAACCUAGUCAUUUAUAUUUUCUCAGAAUUUCACCCCCAUUUUCUGGAACACAUUUUUCUCUUACAAUUUUUUACAUAUCCCCUGUUGUUUAUUUGCAUGCUUUCUCCUUUUCCUUUCAGUCUGACUUGCUAAAUAUUUGUCUAUUUUAUUAACCUUUUCUUAGAAUAGCUUUUGGGUUGUUUAUUGGUCAAAUCUAAUUUUUCCUGAUUCAUCAGUGUAUGCUUCUUUGAAAUAAGUUCAUUCCUUCUGCCAUAUUUGUGUUUUCCUGGCUUUUUGAUAUGCAGUGUUCUCAUUUUGUUAAUGUCUAAAUAGUUUCUGAUUUGCUUCC